CACCGAGAGAGAGAGAGUCCACGCAACGUUGGGCGAAUUGGCUAACGAAUCGAACGAAACGAACAAUCGAUGUUUCGUCACCCGUCGCUGUAAAUUUGUUGAUGCUAAAAUAUUCCUUCUCGCAAGAUUUUGUUUUCUGUCCAUUGUUGGAGAGUUCUAUGUUUGUGACCGAUUUUGGUUGAUCGUGCAUCUCGUAAUUCUCCGACGCUUCUUUGAGGUUUCCAUAAGUAAGGUGGAGAUUUGGAGAAGGCGAUGAUAACGAGAUCGAAUCUAGCAGAACAGCUGAGGGAGUAUCAAAUUAGAUCAAAGCAUGAUUGGGCCUCCGUUUCUUUCUUCUCUUCCACCUCCAAUUUCUCUUCUUCCAGGGUCGAUGUCGUAGUCUUUGUUAUAUGGGAACUAGUGAUCUUAGCGUUCCUAGUAUUUUCAGCAGUAUCCUUGUACUUCAGGCGUUUGCAACUCGCAUUCAUCCUGGUUUGUGUCACCUUACUAUUGCUUGUUUGUAUGAAAAUCACAAAGCAAGUGAGACAAGCCAGGAAGAAGAAGCGAAGGAUGCUUCUUCCUCUCUCUAUGUAAAGACCAAUACCACUCAGAGCAUUUGCAAACCUUUUUUAUCUUCUCACGCAUCCAAACCCUACUCCUUCCUUUCUGGCAUGAGCAUUGUGCCCAUAUGCAUUGAUGAAGAUGACCGCAAACCUUAGACUGGACUCUGGGACACAUUGCUUUUGUUGUCCUUUGAAGAAUCGACCUGACUUGAGAAUAUGAAAGCAGGGAAUGCAAUUUCAGGGCUUAGGUUAGAGACAUAUGAGAACAAAAGUGUUUAUAAAGGUUGUUUUCCUGUAUAAAAGUAGUAUGGGAGGUUGCAUUAUUUUUGCUAGCCACGAUCACGGAAGAUGAUCUUUCUAUUUUGUUUCACUCGAGCGUUCUGUGAUUAAAGAAAUAUACAUUUUCAAUAUAUCUAUGUUACACUUAAUAUCAUGGUGAAGUUCCUUAGA